GCUGUCAUCAGCCUAUUCAACAGAACUGCAUCCAACUCCAUCACUGAUAUCAAGAGUUUUCAGACAAGGAUCCACAGGCAACAGAAAACAGAAGUGAUUCUUCCAAGUGGUGUUUUGGAGGCAAAGAGCAUCAGAAACAUGUCUUUUGAAGUGAAGGAGAAGACGGAGGUGCGUCUGGUGUUUCUGGGAGCAGCUGGAGUGGGGAAGACAGCCCUCAUCCAACGCUUCCUAGAGGACACUUUUGAGCCCAAGCACCGGCGCACAGUGGAGGAGCUCCACAGGAAGGAGUACGAGGUGGCAGGUGUCAAAGUCACCAUCAACAUCAUGGACACCAGCGGAAGCUACUCCUUCCCCGCCAUGCGAAAGCUCUCCAUCCAGAGCAGCGAUGCCUUCGCCCUGGUCUACGCUGUGGAUGACCCCGAAUCCCUGGAGGCUGUCAAGAGUCUGCGAGAGGAGAUCCUAGAGGUCAAAGAGGACAAGUACACACCUAUUGUGGUGAUAGGCAACAAGAUAGACCGUCACAACGAGCGUCAGGUGUCCAGCAAAGACGUGCUGUCCACAGUGGAGCAGGACUGGAACCACAGCUUCAUGGAGUCCUCUGCCAAAGACAAUGUCAACGUGCUGGAGGCUUUCAGAGAGCUGCUCCAGCAAGCCAACCUGCCCAGUCGGCUGAGCCCAGCGCUGUGCCGCAGACGGGAGACGUUCCCCAAAGAGAGCAACAAACGACCUCCUAUGAACAAGGCCAACAGCUGCAUCAUCUCAUAAGGGCAAGAAUACCCAAAGAGACUGAGAAAGAACUGCCCAAAAGAGACUGAAAGGGCUUCGUUGGUGUGGAGCUACACACUGAGAGACAGUGUUACAUGUGUCAAGACUCUAGCUAAACACUGAGUCAGUAAAUGUUGUGUACUCAUCAGGCUUGAGAGCAUUGCAUCUAUCGCCACAACACUGGGGGUGCAGAGAUGUAACAGUGAGAUGGACAUGUCACCAUGAAAACACCUUUCAUACGUGAAAGAAUGUGGUUGAACAACUGUGUGUAAAAAAAAAAAAACGGCAGUGCACAGACACUGCUAACUGUGAAUGUCAGAAAUGAUGGUGUAAAAAUUGUGCAGCUGUGUGUAUCAUACGCUCAAUUUUCCUUCAAAUGUAUAUCAUGUUUAAGUUUUUGUGUUGCUGGUGUUAAAAGAGCAAAUAACUGUGAAGUGUUUACAUGAGAGAGAUUUAUGAAGUGAACAACUGAAGUGGGGUUUAUAUUUUUGAUAGCAACACAUUAAACAUUAUGUUGUGAAUUGUUGUGCGGCCUGUCCUGCAUCUAAGACAUUAAAAAAACACACAUACUGGUGUUUCUCCCUUUCUUUGUCAUUUCAUUUUUUAAUGGGUGUUUGCCUUCUUUUUAAAAAAUGUUAAUGAUAUUUUCUCUUCAUGACGGUGCAAAGGUGAUGUUUGAUGUUCUUAUUCAGAGCUUAUCUUAAAGAUAAAUAAAACAGCUUAUCUCAUCCAACGUCGGCACAUUACUUCGCUUUUUUUUGCAGAUGAUAUUGUAAUUUUUACUGAUAAAACUGUUCUUGACGUGACAGCAGACAACAAGUGAGUGUGUGUGUGUGUGUGUGUGUGUGGGCAGGGGCAAAGACGUAUAGACAAAUUCUAAAAUAUGUAUGUAAAGUAAGUUAUCACAGCCCAAACUGGAAAAACAAGGAAAGAACAAUAAAGCUGACGCCAAGUCCUGACAGGAAACACAUUUUGAAAUCUCACGUGCAAACAGCUCAGCUCACAUGAACAUACUGAGAGUUUGGACGUGCAGACUUAGUUGUAUGAAUGAAAUGAAUUCUGUCACAACAUACAGAGACAUUUGUUCUUUAAAUGCCGUAUUAAAUGACUGUAAUUCUACUCCAAGUUGCAUUGUGUUGACUUUUCUUGAGGACUGCUGGUCUGACCAGAAAUGUAAGUUUUAAAAAACAAUAAUUGCUUUAAUAGCUCGACCAACCUGUUUGUUGUUUG